GAUCUGGAUCGGCUCCUGGUCUGAGACUGAUCCGUGUGUAGGUGUCUGACCUGCGGCUGCGUCUCAUGCUCUGUCCGCUGCUUCUGUCUGCUCUGUCUUCCAGCCUGCGGGGGAACAUGCUCCGUGUGCGGGCCGCGGUGGCUCGGUCCUGGCGGGGGUUGAGGACCAGUGCAUGUGCGGGGGUGCAGGUGAAGAACGAGCCCAUCCUGUCGUUCACUGAGGGGAGUUCAGAGAGAGUCGAGCUGCUGAAGGCCCUGGACGGCCUGAAGGGGGCGACAGAGGAGAUCCCGUGUGUGGUGGGAGACGAACAUGUGUGGACGUCAGACGUCAGAUAUCAGUUAUCACCGUUCAACCACUCACACAAGGUGGCAAAGUUCUGUUACGCUGACAAGGAGCUCAUCAACAAAGCCAUCCUGGCGUCCAUGGCGGCGAGGCGAGAGUGGGACCUGAAACCGGUUCAGGACCGAGCCCAGGUCCUGUUCAAGGCCGCUGAUGUCAUCAGUGGACCGAGGAGAGCGGAGAUCCUCGCCAAGACCAUGAUCGGACAGGGCAAGACGGUGGUCCAAGCCGAGAUCGACGCCGCUGCCGAGCUCAUCGACUUCUUCAGGUUCAACGCCCACAACGCAGUGGAGCUGGAGAAGCAGCAGCCGCUGGACGCUGAGGGAAGCACCAACACCAUGCUGUACCGCGGCCUGGAGGGCUUUGUAGCAGCUGUGGCUCCAUUUAACUUCACUGCUAUUGGUGGAAACCUGGCGGGAACCCCGACUCUGAUGGGUAACGUGGUUCUGUGGAAACCCAGUGACGCCGCGAUGUCUGCGAGCUACGCCGUCUACAGAGUCCUGAGGGAAUGUGGUCUCCCGCCGAACAUCGUCCAGUUCCUCCCAGCUGAUGGCCCCGUGUUCGGAGACACCGUCACCUCCUCGGAGCACCUGGCCGGAAUCAACUUCACCGGCAGCGUCCCAACGUUCAAGCGUCUCUGGAGACAAGUGGGACAGAACCUGGACAGGUAUAAGGUUUUCCCUCGACUGGCAGGAGAGUGUGGCGGGAAGAACUUCCACUUCGUCCACAGCUCGGCGGACGUGCAGAGCGUGGUGACGGGGACCAUCCGCUCCGCGUUCGAGUACGGAGGUCAGAAGUGUUCGGCCUGCUCCAGGAUGUACGUGGCUGAGAGCGUGUGGCCGCAGAUCAAACAAGGACUCCUGGACGUCCACAGAGACAUCAGAGUGGGAGACCCCGUUGAAGACUUCAGCAGCUUCUUCUCCGCCGUCAUCGACGACAAGUCGUUCAGUCGCAUUAAGAGGUGGCUCGCCCACGCCAAGUCCUCUGCCAGCCUGAAGGUCAUCGCCGGAGGCCACUGUGACGACAGCAGGGGGUACUUCGUGGAGCCGACCAUCAUCGAGACCACGGACCCGCAGGACGCCAUCAUGAACGAGGAAAUCUUUGGUCCGGUUCUGACGGUUUACGUUUAUCCUGACAACGACUACAAAGAAGUUCUGCAGCUGAUUGACAACACGUCACCGUACGCUCUGACAGGAGCCGUGUUCGCUCAGGACCAGUCCGUGAUCCAUGAAGCUGCAGCCGCUUUGAGAAACGCUGCUGGAAACUACUACGUCAAUGACAAGUCCACCGGCUCCGUCGUGGCCCAGCAGCCGUUCGGCGGCGCUCGAGCUUCAGGGACCAACGACAAACCUGGAGGUUCUCACUACGUCCUGAGGUGGACGUCUCCGCAGGUGGUGAAGCAGACAAACGUCCCCCUCCGUGGCUGGAGCUACCCCUACAUGGGCUGAGAGCCAAUCGGAGCCCUCCGUCCUCCGUCCAAUCGCCGUCAACCACAAACAGGUUUUCUCCAUCACGUCCGUCUCUGCACUGGACAUGACUGUGAGGACACGUCUAUGUCCACAUCAACCCACAGAAUCAUCCCAUCAAGUUACUGCUGAAAGGAUUGAAUGAUUAAUUGAUGUCCUCGUCUUCUGUCACAUUGACCUGUUGGUCCUCAUCUGAAACCUUUUCACUGUUUUCUGAUGUUUAACAAUUCAGACAAUCAAGAGAAUACCUGAUCAUAUUUGAUAAAUAUCAGAAAACGAAUCUAAUCAGUUUGUCUUUAAUCCUGGAGCUUGACAGGAAACUGAAUUUUCUGUUUUAUAUUUGACAAUUAAUCAAUAUUUUUCAUGCUAGUUAAUCAAUAUCAGACUAAAUCUGUGCUGAAUUAAAUAAAGUUACAAUGGAUAGUUUGUUACAUGUGAAACUGAAGAUUUGAUUGUAUAAUAUUUGUUGGUGUAGAUGUAAAAUGUUAAAGAAGCUAUUAAAUCCUUUUCUUCCUCUAACGUUUGAAACCUGCUGACAAAGUUCUGAUCACGUCCUGAAGACUCAGAGGGGAUUGUUCAUGUUGCACUUGAAUCUCCAGCUCAGACAAAAGAUUUAUUAUAUUUUCAUUACUCUGAUGCCUUAAUACCUGUAAUUACACACAGAUGGUUUUUGACAAUAAAUAUUAAUUAUAAA